GCUCCCCGUCGGGACCGGCCCGCAGCUGGAAGGCGUCAAUGUGUAACGGGGACUGUGGGCUGGCCCCGAGGGCGUGGGGAGAGGCGAGGCGAGCAGGGGGCUAUAAGAGGCCGUGCAUCCCACGGAGACCCUGCCAAGGGUGCGCACGGACCGGGGAGCGGAUGCUGAAGGGAAGCCUCGCAGGUUGGGAUGCGUGAGGCGUCGCGCAUCGUGCUCUCGGUUUGCGGAGCAGAUCUCUGGUAAAUCAUGUUGGCUCGUGGUUUCUAGCAGCGCUGGCUCCUAUCUGCCCGCAUGGAUGCGUGCUAGUGACCGACAGGCACUAAAGUUGUGCUUUCGGGGGGUUUCCAUCUGCUCUGGAGCAGUGAGGCUCUGGGAACAGGUGGUUGUCACAUGAAGGUACAUUUAUAAGAAGCUGACAGAUUUUUGCCAUCAUCUGUGCUGCCAGGAUGGCGUUUCGGAAGCCACCGGAUGGAGGCUGGGGCUGGGUGAUCGUGGUGGUUUCCUUCUUCACCCAGUUCCUGUGCUACGGGUCACCGCUGGCGGUGGGAGUCCUGUACCUGGAGUGGCUGGAUGCCUUUGGAGAGGGGAAAGGCAAGACUGCUUGGGUUGGAUCGCUGGCCAAUGGAAUUGGAUUGCUUGCCAGUCCUGUCUGCAGUAUAUGUGUAUCAUCUUUUGGAGCAAGACCUGUAGCUAUCUUCAGUGGCUUUAUGGUGGCUGGGGGCCUCAUGAUGAGCAGUUUUGCACCUAACAUAUACUUCCUAUAUGUUUCAUAUGGGAUAGUUGUUGGUCUUGGAUGUGGCCUUUUGUACACUGCAACAGUCACCAUCACGUGCCAGUAUUUUGACAAACGCAGAGGCCUUGCACUUGGGCUGAUUUCAACAGGGUCAAGUGUUGGACUCUUCAUAUAUGCAGCACUGCAAAGAGAGCUUAUUGAGCUGUAUGGACUGGAUGGGUGUCUGCUAAUAGUUGGUGCCCUGUCUCUAAAUAUAUUAGCAUGUGGCAGCCUAAUGAGACCUUUGGAAUCAUCCAGUUCUCCUCCACCAGAGAAAAUGUUUGUAGACAAAGUCCCAGAUCAAUAUUUUGUUUACCAUGAAAAGGAAAAGACUGUAGAAGAAAACAUUAGCAUCCUUGAAAAGGGCUAUAUUGAUGAAAAAUCUGUGAACAAUGUGCCUGAUUGCAAACAGGAUAUCAUUUUGAAUAAGAACACAUUGAGCUCAAUAAACGUAAAUGAGAAAGACACUUACAAGAAGAAAGUUGUAGAACAGACAAACUUCUGCAAGCAACUCGCCAAGAGGAAGUGGCAGCUCUAUUUGACCUACUGGAAGGAGACCGUGGUUCUUUUCAGGAACAAAGUAUUUUCAGCUCUCUUUGUCGCCAUCUUGCUCUUUGAUAUUGGUGGAUUUCCUCCUUCUCUGCUCAUGGAAGAUGUAGCAAGAAGUGCAAACAUUAGUGAAGAUGACUAUUAUAUGCCCCUUAUUUCCAUUAUUGGCAUUAUGACGACUGUUGGCAAACUUGUUUUAGGAAUACUGGCAGAUUUUAAGUGGGUUAACACUUUAUAUCUCUAUGUAACUACCUUAAUAAUGACAGGAGUGGCCUUGUUUGCAAUUCCAUUCGCCAAAAGUUACCUUACAUUAGCGAUGCUUUCUGGGAUUUUGGGUUUUCUGACUGGGAACUGGUCAAUUUUUCCAUAUGUAACAACAAAGACUGUGGGGAUUGAGAAACUGACUCAUGCCUAUGGGAUAUUGAUGUUCUUUGCUGGACUUGGGAACAGCCUCGGACCACCAAUUGUAGGCUGGUUUUACGACUGGACGCAGGAGUACAACACUGCUUUCUACUUCAGUGGCUUUUGUGUCCUGCUGGGGGGAUUUCUCCUGCUCUUGGCAGCACUGCCCUGCUGGAAUGCCUGCACCAAUCAGAGCUCCAAGCUGCCUCCAAAUACUUACUCCUACAAAGUUGCAUCUAACGCUUAGGUGACAACUGGAAAACACUUUGCGCCUUUUUAUAUUAUAUAGCAAAGUAUUUUAGUAAUUUUCCACUUAUUUAUGAAGCCCACAAAUCCUCUUUCCACUAGAAAAAUUCCAUUGUUGCUUGUUGUUCAGUUUCUUUUUCUUCUUCUAUUUCUUUUUUUUUAAUGUUAUUUUUAAAAACAGUCUUAUUUUGUGUACUAUGCACCGUUGUUUUCAGCCUUUGUCUACUGUAAUUUCCUUUCACCCUGUAAAGGGGGUGUUCUGCUGUAUUAUCAGCUGUACUUUUUUUAAGGGGGGUUGGUAUGGAGGGGUGAACACUUUGAAGCAAAAAUGAAGACCUGUUCUUUAUAAGAGAAGGCUGUCGUUUCUGCCUCCUUCCAUAGGUCUCCAAGUUGCACAAUUAGGCUUUACAAAACAAGAAUUUGCCUUAUUAAAAUGUAAUACUGUGGCAAGGUGCUUUUAACUUCAUGCUUAGAUUAACUUUUUUGUCUUUUUGAAGUUUCUCCAAUUUAUGAUUAAGUGCCAAUUGUGGGAGGGAGAAGAGGGGAAACAAUCAACCUUGUGUUGUAUAACUGAAGUGAACAUUAUGAUGAAAGUAAAGAUUCUUAUUACCACUGCGACUAAGAACCAUGUUUAUAAAUACUGCACAUUUUGUGAAGCCUGUUUAUAAAACUGUUGAACCAAAACCUUUUAAAACCAAGGAAUAAAUGUGAUUGUUGAAACCGUGAAAGGAAA